GCCUGGACUUUCGCAAGAAGGAGAUAUUAUGGAAUUGAUCUUGUUGCUCUAUGUUGAGUUGCUAUAGAGUACUAUUGUUACAGGUCCUCUGCCUUGAUUGACAGUCAAGAUGAUGCAAAUGCAGAGUCGCAGCGGCCAUCAGCUGACCGCCAUCGUCUCAUAGUUCAGUGCACCCUGUCCUGUUCUUAUCGUCUGUUCCCACAAUUCUUCUUCUCUUGUUUAUCUGGCUCUGGAACAGACAUUCUCAUAGACUUAGAACCCCUCAAUUCAGAUCCGAUCUUGAUGUUUACUUCUUUCCUGCUCCGCUGCCAUGACACCAUCUGGUCGUCCUUGCAUAUCAUCAUCCUCAACAUUCCUCCCUCCCGCUUACCCAUCUUCCCUGCCUUAGCAGGCUCCAUCUGGUUCCUGACUCUGGCCACUCUACUCCUAACAUGGCUGGGUCGAGGAAUGCCCAGGUAUCCGGGCCAAAGUAAUCCCCACGUGGCCUUCAUCUCCGACAUCGCCUCCUUCGAGCUCAAACCCCUCUUCCUCAUCGGCGCCUCCAUGACCGCCGUCGGGUUCUGGUUCACCGUAGCCGUGGCUCACGUUAUGCGCUACGAGCCUGGCUUCGCGUUGCUCCGCUGUCCGGAGCACUUUUCCGCUGGCGGACAUCCCGUUCCCAGGGACCAAACCACCCGGAGUGGGAACCAACAACAGCCCACCGGCGUAGUGACUGGCAGUUGCACCGCCGAUAAAAACGAUACGGCCGAUGAGCCUGACAAAGACGACGAAGAAUCACCCUCGACCAUCGCCGCCCUUAAGCUCGUCUCGCUCUUCUCCAUCUUCUCGGCCGGCAUGGCCAGCACCGCCCUCAUCCUGUUGGGCGUCAUGGAUACCUUCCGGUACCACUUCGCGCACGCGGUGCUCCUCCGCGUCUGCUUCGGGGGCUUGGCCCUGCAGGCUGCGGGGACGGCGAUCGUGUAUUCGAAUGAGGUGCUGGGGUUCGUGGCGUUCUUGACGCAUGGCGGCGUGUGGCAGCGGAGGUGGAGGCGGAGGCGGCGGGUGCGUGUGCGGGUGUUUGCAUCGCUCUCGACCGCCUUGAUCCUGGUCGAGCUCUUCCUCGGAAUCGCCUUCAUCGCGCUUACCGUCCCCGAAGAUGUCAGCGAUUACCGCGCCGCCGGCAUUCUCGAGUGGGUCAUUGCGUUCCUCGGCACCGUGUAUCUGUGGCUGUUUGUGGGGUUCUUCGAUCGUGUGAGUUUCGAGGGGUAUGUCCCCAGUGUAAUCUAUACGGCCGCUGCGAAGGGACAGGGGCAGCUUUCCGUUUCUACGUCCCAGGAAGGGUCGCAGGCUGUGACCGAUGCUGAGCGUGCCCCGUUGCUGGCGCAGGGCUCGUCGAGCCAGUAUACAUGAUUUAUGGGUUGCAUCUAGCGAUAGAGAUCGGAGUUUCUCAACCCCUUCAAUUAGAUAUCUAAGGUAGCGCAAGCAUUUGCUCAUUAUAGCAUGGUGAUAGAGAUUGGUAUCAAGUUAUGCCAUAUGGAAAUAAGCCGUGGGUAAUGCAAGCAUGUGAUUUCGCCUCGAGUGGCUAGCCCUGAAACAUCAGGCAAGGACAAUAAUCGGGUUUGUGGUUUGUCAUUUGACAUAAGCAUCAUCAAUUUUGACCGAACCUUUGUCCAUAUAUCCU